AUGUGUAGAUUACUGGCAGCACAGACUGACAUUCUUCACACUCCUGUCCUCUCUCCCUGUCUCCCUUUCUCCCCCGUGCACGCGAACACACGCGGCGCACACGCGCUCCCCGACGCGCACAUAAACAUGGCGGCCUCUAUCUCACCCCUACGCUCCCGCAUAAGGAUUUGCAUCCCGUUGAAUGCCCACUAUCACUGCUGCCACGCCACACUACGGAUGCGUAGAAAAUAUGACAGCCAGAGGAGACAUCUACACCAGUCAGCGACGAGGCAUGCUGCUGUGGUGAUUUCAGGAACAGAAAUGGCUCGUCAGCUGCACAGAGAAAUCCAGCGUGACGUGGAAGAGCUGGUAGCUCAGGGUAACAUGAGACCCCACCUGGGAGUGAUAUUAGUCGGAGAUGACCCGGCCAGUCGUACCUAUGUUCGGAACAAGACCCGGGCAGCCAACAUCCUGGGUAUUUCCAGUGACACAGUAGUGCGCCCUAGUUCAGCGUCCCAGGAGGAGUUGUUGGAGCUGAUAGACCGGAUGAAUCGGGACUGGAGGGUCAGUGGCCUCUUGGUGCAGCUGCCGCUUCCAGAGCAUAUCAAUGAGAGAGCGGUAUGUAAUGCUAUCGCUCCAGAAAAAGAUGUGGAUGGCUUCCAUAUUGUGAAUAUUGGGAAGUUGUGCCUGGACCAGAGAUCCAUGGUACCUGCAACACCUGCAGCUGUCUGGGAGAUGAUCAAAAGAGCAGGGAUUGACACUGUGGGAAAGAAUGUCCUGGUCGCCGGACGCUCCAAAAAUGUUGGAAUGCCCAUUGCCAUGUUGCUGCACACCGAUCGCAACCAUGAACGCCCCGGAGGGGAUGCCACGGUAACCAUCGCCCACAGAUGUACGCCGAGGGAACGUCUGAAAGAGCUAACGAGUCUGGCUGACAUCAUCAUUGCAGCUGCAGGUGUUCCUGGGCUGAUCACAGCAGAUCUGGUGAAAGAGGGCGCAGCAGUCAUUGACGUUGGCAUUAAUCGCAUCCAGGACCCCAAAACCGGAAAGCUCAGACUCAUCGGUGAUGUGGAUUUUGAAGGAGUGAAAGAAAAGGCAGGCUUCAUCACACCCGUUCCAGGGGGUGUUGGUCCAAUGACGGUCGCCAUGUUGAUGAAGAACACUGUGACUGCUGCCAGAAAUGCAUUGAUGCAUUAAACACAUCAUUUACUCAUUCAUUUUUAGCAAUCUUAUUUAUGUAAGGUGUUUAUAUUAUGGUUUAUUUGAGUUAUUUAUUUCAUAUAUCACUUUUUGAAAAUGUAUUUUUUCUACUGAAGUGGUUUGGUUCAUAACAUUCUCCGAAAAACAGGGCAAAAGUCCUAAUAAAAAUGAGUCUGUGCGAAUAACUCAGCCUUUUUUCUUUUUUCUUCUUCUUUUGUCACAAGAUACUGCCAUCACUUAAAAUCUUCUCAUCGGAUAAACAAGCAGAUCCAACAGAUAUCUGUGACUAUGGACCAUAAUGAUUGCACCGGG